AUGGCCCUUCUGCUCCGGGCUGCGACUUGGGGGCUGUCUUCCGGGAGGGGCUACUGCUCCAGGGGGACGCAGGGUUCUCUGAGAGAGGUCUUUGUAGCAGCCCUGAGGGCUGUGGUGGGCCCCCCUCAUGUGUCCACGUCUAUUGCGGUUCGAGAGCAGCAUGGACGGGAUGAGUCCAUGCACAGGUGCCAGCCUCCGGACGUCGUGGUCUGGCCCCAGAAUGUGGACCAGGUCAGCCGGCUGACAGCCCUGUGCUACAGCCAUGGUGUGCCUAUCAUCCCCUUUGGCACCGGGACAGGACUUGAGGGUGGAGUCUGCGCUGUGCAGGGCGGCGUCUGCAUGAACCUGACCCACAUGGACCGGAUCACAGCACUGAACCUCGAAGACUUCUCGGUGGUGGUGGAGCCCGGUGUCACCCGCAAAGCUCUCAACACCCACCUGCGGGACAGUGGGCUCUGGUUCCCCGUGGACCCAGGUUCAGAUGCUUCUCUGUGUGGCAUGGCGGCCACUGGGGCCUCAGGCACCAAUGCCGUGCGCUAUGGGACCAUGCGGGACAACAUUCUGAACCUGGAGGUGGUGCUGCCUAGUGGGCAGCUGCUGCACACGGCGGGCCCUGGACGUCACUUCCGCCCUGGGUUCUGGCCUUCCUUACCUGCUUUGUAUGUCCUGGGGUCCAGGAAGAGCGCAGCUGGCUACAACCUCACGGGGCUCUUUGUGGGCUCCGAGGGAACACUGGGUCUCAUCACGGCCGCCACUCUUCGACUGCACCCUGUUCCCGAGGCCACGGUGGCCGCCACCUGUGCAUUCCCCAGUGUCCAGGCUGCCGUGGACAGCACUGUGCACAUCCUCCAGGCUGCAGUGCCCGUGGCCCGCAUCGAGUUCCUGGAUGAUGUCAUGAUGGAUGCCUGCAAUAGGCACAGCCAGCUGAACUGUGUGGUGGCGCCCACGCUCUUCUUGGAGUUCCAUGGCUCCGAGCAGGCCCUGGUGGAGCAGCUGCAGCGGGCAGAGGAGAUCACCCAGCACAAUGGGGGUUCCCACUUCUCCUGGGCCAAGGAGGCUGAAGAGCGCAGUCGGCUCUGGGCAGCACGUCACAACGCCUGGUACGCCGCCCUAGCUCUUCGGCCUGGCUGCAAGGGCUACUCCACCGACGUGUGUGUGCCCAUCUCCCGGCUGCCAGAGAUCCUGGUGCAGACCAAGGAGGACCUGAAGGCCUCAGGACUUACAGGAGCCAUCGUUGGACAUGUGGGUGAUGGCAACUUCCACUGUAUCCUGUUGGUGGACCCCGAGGACCCUGAGGAGCUCCACAGGGUUGAGGCUUUUGCACAGCAGCUGGGCAGGCGGGCGCUGGCUCUCCAUGGGACGUGCACUGGUGAACACGGCAUUGGAUUGGGCAAGAGGCAGCUGCUGCAGGAGGAGGUGGGCGCUGUGGGCGUAGAGACCAUGCGACAGCUCAAGGCCACACUGGACCCCCGAGGGCUCAUGAACCCAGGCAAGGUGCUGUGA